AUGAAUAUCCCAUACACAUCCUAUUUUUGGACGGAUUCUAGGACGGUUUUGCAGUGGCUAGCUCAGCCACCAAGCACCUGGUCAACGUUUGUAGCAAACCGAGUUUCUUUCAUCCAAAAUGCUACCCAGAACUCUCAUUGGAACCACGUGCCUGGAGUACUCAACCCGGCAGAUCAGCUUUCGAGAGGUUUGGAUCCGGAAUUGGUGAUACACGACGAAGCAUGGUGGAAUGGACCACCGUGGCUAGCCCAGGAGAAAGAAUUUUGGCCAAAGCAGUCAGAUUCACAAACCGAAGCUGAAAAUAUUGAUUUAGAGCGCAAGCGCAUCUCAAAUCCCAACAUUAUUUCCCCCAACUCAAAAAACGAAUUUAGUGGUUGGUAUUUUUCCCAGUUCAACAAUUACACUAAGUUGGUUCGAACUACCGCUUAUUUACGACGCUUUUUGAAGUAUCUACGAACCCCAGAUAAGGAGAAAAUAAAUUCGACACCUCUUCUCACUCAAGAACUCCACGAUGCAGAACACCGACUGGUUUGUAUGGUACAAAAAGAUUAUUUCCCCAAAGAAUAUGCCGCUUUACAAAAAGGUAAUCCUGUGCAUCGAUCAUCCAAACUUCGUUGGUACGUUCCGAGACUCGACGAGGAUGGAAUUAUUCGCAUUGGUGGCCGACUGCAAAAUUCCGAACAGCCCGAAGAUGCGAAACACCCGAUGGUCAUCCCAGGAAAACACCCGUUUGCAGAGCUACUAGCUGAUUGUUAUCAUCGCCGUCUACUACAUGCCGGUUGUCAGCUGCUGUUGAGCACGAUCCGACUGAAAUUUUGGCCGCUAGGAGGAAGAAAUUUGUGUCGAAAGGUUAUCCACAAAUGUUUGAUUUGUUUCCGAGCAAAACCCAACUUACAACAGCAAUUUAUGUCCCAAUUACCGAAAACUAGAAUUACCGUUUCAAAACCAUUCACCAACACCGGCGUCGAUUAUUUUGGGCCAGUUUAUAUUCGACAAGGCUUUCGCAAAGGUCCCGUGAAGGCGUACGUGGCCGUCUUUGUUUGUUUUGCCACAAAGGCAGUCCAUUUGGAACUAGUUUCCGAUUUGUCCACCCCGAGAUUCAUCCAGGCACUUCGUCGUUUUAUAGCAAGGAGGGGUAAAUGUAGCAACAUAUAUUCCGACAACGGAACGAAUUUCGUCGGUGCCCGAAAUACGAUGAAGGAACUCAUCAAGAAGCUGAAAACCCAAACUCAUCACGACGAAAUCCAAAAUGAAUGCAGCCAAAACGGUAUCAACUGGCACUUCAUUCCCCCUGGUUCUCCCCACUUUGGCGGAUUCUGGGAAGCCGCUGUCCGAUCCGCUAAGAAACACCUCCUCCGUGUGUUAGGUACCUCCUCCGCUUCCCAAGAAGAUUACAUCACUCUCCUCGCCCAAGUUGAAGCCUGCCUCAAUUCGCGCCCGCUGACCCAGCUCACCGAUGAUCCCACCGACCUAGAACCGCUCACCCCUGGCCACUUCCUCAUCGGAUCCUCGAUGCAAGCACUCCCCGACGAAGAAUUGAGCAGCGUUCCUGAGAAUCGGCUAAACCAACUUCAGCUCAAGCAGCAGCAACUCGACCGUUUCUGGCGACGGUGGAGCACCGAAUACCUGACACAGCUUCAAGCUCGUGUCAAAAAUUGGCAGCCUCCUAUUGACAUCCAGCCCGGCAGACUCGUCAUCAUGAUCGAUGAAAACCAACCCUCGAUGAACUGGAAAAUGGCCCGUAUCCAUCAACUACACCCUGGCGACGACGGUGUGACGAGAGUCGUUACAUUAAAGACGGCUAAAGGCUACACCAAGCGAGCCAUCAACAAGAUUUGCCUUCUUCCCAUCACCCCGGAUCCUGCAGACGAGCAGAAGAUUUCUGAAAUGUAG